GAGCAACCUCCAUCCAGAACCUUCAGACUCUUGGAGCAGACCUGUCCCCACAGGCAGAAAGUUACCAGAGGUCAGGAUGUGACCCUCAGGUCCCACAGGCACCCCUGGGUUCGCCAGGCUUCCUGGGAGCCUUGGGCAGCCGCACCCUUUCCCAGGGAGGAGGUACCUGGGAUUAUUCACAGGGCGGGUCCCUGCUGUCAGCACCUGUCUGGUCUCACUAAUUCCCUCUCCGUGCUGUAGACGGUGGACUGAGCAGAGCCUGGCCCUCCUUUUUCUCCUCCUCUCCCCCUUUGGUUAGGGCUCCUGGCCUUUCUCUUCUCUCUGAAAAGCCAGGGCCCAGUCUUCUUUCCCGGGGAGAGAGUGCCCUCUAGUGCCCGGGAGGGUGAAGGCCGAGGAGGAGGGCAGGGCCAGAGGCCAAGCCUGAAAGGAGGCCCUGCCAGCCAAUGAGGGGUGAGCCGGCUGCAGCUUGACCUGCGGAGCUGGGACAGCAAGGGACCCACAGGUAUUUCUGAGUAGCCGAGGUCUCUCCUGUCCGUGUCCUGGAAUCACGUGAAGAUGCUGUGGUGGCUUCUUGUCUUCUCUACUCUGGGUCUCGGGGCCUGGGGUGAUUCCUCCUGGGAUAAAACGCAAGAUAAACACCUGUCCAAGGGACUUCAGGACCUGCUUGGCAACAUCUCACAGCUCAUUGAAAAAGACAAACGGGGUCUCAGUGGUGUCUCCACCAUGGUCUCUCGCGAGCAGUGGGGGGCAGAUGCCAUUGGCUGCUGUGCCCAGCUGGCCCUGCCGGUGGACUUCCUUGUCACACACCACGUCCCUGGGCUGGAAUGUCACAACCAGACCUUGUGCAGUCAGAGGCUGCGGGAGCUGCAGGGCCAUCACGUGCGCAACGGCUGGUGUGACGUAGCCUACAACUUCCUGGUUGGGGACGACGGCAGGGUGUACGAAGGUGUUGGCUGGAAUGUCCAAGGUGUGCACACCCAGGGCUACAACAAUAUCUCCCUGGGCCUCGCCUUCUUUGGCAGCAGCAGAGCUAUGCAGGAGCUGGCAGGACAUCUUGUCUCCCCACAGAACUCUGCAACUCAGGCCAGAUCGAGGCUUCCUAAGGAUCACUCUCUUCCAGGCCACAGCCCUAGCCCUGCCGCCCUGGCAGCCAUGGAAGGUUUGAUCUCCUCUGCUGUCCGCAAGGGCCACCUGUCACCCCUGUAUGUCCAGCCACUCCUUGUGAAAGGUGAGAGCUGCCUGUCCUCUCAGCAGAAUGCAAGUCUCAAGGAAGUUUGCCCACUUAUUGUCCAGAGGUCUGCUUGGGAUGCCAGGGAGGCCCACUGCCCCGAGAUGAACCAGCCGGCUCAGUAUGUCAUCAUUAUCCACACCGCGGGGCGAACCUGCAACAGGUCUGAUGAAUGUCGCGUGCUGGUCCAAGAUAUCCAGUCCUCCUUCAUGGAUAGAUUGGACUCGUGUGAUAUUGGGUACAACUUCCUUGUGGGCCAGGAUGGCAUCAUCUAUGAAGGAGUAGGCUGGAGUGUCCAAGGCUCCCACACCCCCAGCUACAAUGACAUUGCCCUGGGCCUCGCCUUUAUGGGCACCUUCUCUGGUUCCCCGCCCAAUGCCGCAGCGCUGGAGGCAGCCAAGAACCUGAUCCAGUGUUCCGUGAUCAAGGGGCACCUGGUCUCCGACUACCUGUUGGUGGGGCACAGUGACGUGACCAACGUUCUGUCUCCUGGGCGGGCUUUGUACAACGUCAUUAAGACUUGGCCUCAUUUCAGACACUAGGGAGCCCCUUUUUCUCCCAAGACCAUUCCCAUCCCCAACCCCAUCCCCUUCCCCUUCCCCAGCCCCACCUGCUGGUCCUCCCCUUCCUCUCCAUUCUGAUUCAACACCUGUAUCCCCUCCUUGGCAACCCCAUCCUGUGCCUCCUGUCUCAGGUUAGUGUGAUCAUUUCCUGCCAGCAUCUCCCAGAAUCUCUUAAACCCUGCAGUUGGAUGUUCCCAGCCCUCUGAGUCUGGGCCCAGUCUUCCUCUCUUCUCACCUUCCUCUCCCCACCACCCAUGUCUUCAGCCAGGUGAGCUUUCUUGUCCCCUGACGCACACCCCUCUCCUGGUGUGCCUUCCCCUGCCGUCUGCCUGGCAGCCCCCAGCCUCACAUGUGACCCAGGUCAGUGUCCCAGCCCCUCCUCUCUGCUCACACACUGCCUUGCCCUAAUUUGGAAGCAGCCCUUAUUUCAAGGCAGUAAUUGUUUAUAGACAUUCUCUCCACUGGGUUGUGAGGUUGUCCACUUUCAUUCAUGUCUGUGUCUUCAGUUCUUCAGCAGUGUCUAGAAUUCAGGAGAUGAGACAGAUAUUUAUUGGAGAAAUGGAUGAAUAAAGGGGAGUGGGCCAAGUCCCUGCUCCCCUUUCCAAUUUGCUGGACAUACCCUCUUUGGGCAGGAUUUGCUGGACCUUGGGCAGUCCCCCAUCCUGCCAGCAUUCUCUCUGUUCCAUUCUUUUCCAGUCCGAGGCUCAGAACUGGCUCUGGUUGCUUGUCUCUGGGGUCCUGUGUCCACAUCCUCCCACACCCCUGUGAGGACAGGACCAUGCAUUACUCCAGACCCAGGCCCAGGCUGUGUCCACACAGGCCACCCAGCACCUCCCCGCAUAAGGGAUGCUCACAGAUAACAAAUUAUAAACUAGCAUUUCAGAUCCAGCUAAAAGUAUCAAGGAAAUCAUGUAAGGUAGGAAAGAAAAAUUAACUAGAAGUGUAAAAUAUGAGAAAUUGGGUAAUAGAACUCAUGAGAGAGUAAGAAAUAUAAUAACCAUUUCAGAAAUGACCAGGUAAAAGAAGGAAGAUAAAAAGUAAAUGCACAUAACAGAUAACACCUUAGAAGAAAAAGAAGAUCGAAUGAAGGAAAAAAUUAAAAAUCCAAAAGAAAUAAAAAACAAGAGUAAAACAACCAGAUGGAAAGUAACCAAUGUAGUUGAUAAGCAAAGAAGUUACAAGGCAUGUAUAACUGAAGUCCCUAAACAAGAAAACUAAAAUAAGGGAAUAGGACAAAUACAAAAACUGUAAUUCUAGAAAACCUUCCUGAAAAAAAAGUUUUGAAAAUUUGCUUUUACUUUGCUUUGUAUUUAAAAAGAAUGACUCACAAAGAUGAAUUACAGGGUGUAUUAAACUAACGGGUUUUCAAUAAAACAUUUCCUCUGGGCAUUCAGAAUAAAACCCCCAAAAUGUGACAAAUAAGAGAGAAAAAUGUCAUCAGACUUUUUGACAACAUUUUCAGCUAGGAAAAAAGUGGAAGAAUAUAUUUAAAAUGUAAGGGGAAAAUGUGAUAAUGUGAUCCAAGGGUUUUAUAGUCAAUAAAAUUGAGUUUCAAAUACAAAGGUCACAGAUAUACUCUCAUCAACAUGUAAGAAUUCUGGGAAUAUAGUCUCAUGAGCCCUUCCUUAGGAGUCUACAAGAUAAUGACCUCAAACAACCAAAAUAAGACAUUAACAUAAUGACCAGAGAUAAAUAUUAAUGUAUGUGUAUUUGUAAAUUAAGACUAAAUGAAGAUUAUCAAAGUGAGAGUAUAGUAUGUAAUGGUUGUGAGUGCUAACAAUGUAGCAGAUUACAGAACUGAAAAAAAAUGUGGAGGGAAUGAGAAGAGUGUCUGCAAAUUUAAACUAUUUUAGUAAUUAUACUGUUGGUGCUAAUCUUUGUAUUGUUUUUGCAUGAAAAUUUACUGUGAGAUGUGGGGUCAAACAAAUGAGUAAAUAUGUGAUAUUCUAAUUCUAUCACCCCCAGUGUUUUUGAAAGUAAGAUUCUCAAGGUGGAAAAAGAAGAGGUUAAGUAAUAUACCAGAGCCCUGGAUUUGAAUUGAAAAUAUAAGGAUAAACCCACGAGGUACUUAUGAACUCAUGAAGUGUUUCAUUUUAACAUUUUUAACCACUGUCUGGUGAAGGGUCUGGAAACUUUGAUCCAUCCAGUAGCAAUAAGUUAGCACCAGAUUGUGAGCUGAAAUUACAAUAUCCCAAUAAAAGAAAUAAAAAGUUC